CCAAUGCUCAAGUGUCAACGAAGCGAACACAACAAAAAAAAUUAGGUACCUAUUCACUACUCUUUGGAAAGUUAAUUUGUGGAGAAAAUAAUUGCAAAAGUCAGAUAAAAAAGCGAUAAAUAAACUUUUCUACAUCACUUUACUGUACACAAUGGCUUCUGAAGUAGUUCUGAAAAAUGUAGACAACGCUUGUGAAACAGCGGAAGAAUUUACAAGAGUGUUUUAUAAACAAGUGGACAACAGCAGACACCUAACUUCAAAAUUGUAUCUUGACACUGGGCUAUUGGUUUGGAAUGGAAACGGUAUUCACGGGAAUGAAAAAAUCCAAAAGUUUUUAAUGGAUUUACCUGCCAGCAACCAUGUGUUGAAGACUUUAGAUGCUCAACAUAUAAAAGAUAAUUUGGUAUCCAGCAAACUAACAUACCUCAUACAGGCCUGUGGAGAUGUUACUUACAACAAUGAUCAAGUGAAAACACCAUUCCAACAGACAUUCCUUGUUGUAGCAAUUGAAGGUAAAUGGAAAAUAGCAUCAGACUGUUUUAGGUUACAAGUGCCAUACAACAACUAAAAACUCUUUAAACUAAGAAUAAAUCGACAGCU